ACUUUAUAUCAUUCACAAUGUGAAUAUUUAAUCUAUUUAUCCGCACCAAGAUGGUACGACCUAAGGCUAAACGUUUUGUAUCGUUCAAAAAUUUGCUCGAAAUAAUGCUAGUGGCUAAGGAACAGAAAAUUGGGGAGGGAUGGAGAAGGCCAGAAGGGUACUGGGGUACCAUCUUAACAAAAUGUGGAAUAAGAAAUACAGCUUCAAGAAGGAAGCAUCUUUAUCGCAGUUGGCGAAGGAACACAGAUGGUUUCAAGGACAAGUUCCUUGAAAGGAAAGAGAAUCAAUCCUAUGACUCUCCUCCGAACCAGCCACAGAGCUCAAUGUUGAUGACCCAAAGAUUGAAACUACCCUCUGUCAGUGAUGACGAACUCUCACAGUUCACCGAAUCUGAUGGUGGAAGUGUUGCUGGUAUCGAAGGAAUUCAACCGAUAGACGAUACACCAUCGGAGGUUUCUGAAGACAGCGAUGAUGAUGGUAACCUCGAUUCCGAUGCCCCUGAUGACCAUGAAGAUGGUAACAAUGACACCCUGGUCUGUGGUGAAGAUGAUGAUGGUAGUAUUGAAGAAUAUGAUGAUGGCAACAGGAGAAUUUCUCAUGUUGCUCCUGACAUUGAUUGUAAUAUUGAUGAUGAUUGUGAUGAUGAUCAUGUUAUUGAUGAUAAUGGUGAUGAUCAAGGAAUUAUUGAUGAUCAUGAUUAUCACAAUGAUACAAAAAAGAAUGUUCAUCUUGGCCUUGGUGGUCAUUCUCAACCUUCAUUUGAUGAUGUCCCAAUCAAACCAGGGCUAGGUGGUCAAACAAGGAUCUUUGAAGAACUGUUGAAUCAGCAACUGCAGACUGAGCAACGCAGUCCUAAUGAAAACGAACCAGCUCAACCUACCAGAGCUAACAAAGCUGCGAAGAAAACCUUUAUUCUUAGAAAGGGAGAAGGGAUUGCGAGAUUUGGAAUGAAACCAAAGAUAGUCACAAAACAAGGACAAGCGACAGUGAAAGAUAAAUGCCUCCAGAACAGUGUCUUGGAAGAAAGGGCGCCGGUCACGCGAAAAACCGCAACAGUGAAGGACUAUGCAACGGUUAACCAGUCUCGUUCGCCUGCAGUAGGGGCACAAGCGAGUAAACCUGUCGUCGCCCAGAAACCUGAAGGCCCUGUCGCACGAAGAAGCCUUCGACAAGAAAAGCCGUUCUCUCCGAAGAAAGUGCAUUUUACCACCAUACCAUCCCGGGGCUCAGGUGUUUAUUUGGACGAUGCAUCAGAGGUGCAUUCGGAGAGUAGCUCCGAAGACGAGGGAUUGGAGGAAGAUAUGGCCAGGGAAGGCGAACAAGUCGUCGAGGAUUCCUUUCAAAGACAGAUGAAGAAAUUAGAUGACUUAGAAGUCGUCGAGAAACAAGAACUGAAUGAAUUUGAGCUGCUUGAAGAAGCUGUGGCAGCCAAUUGCUCGCUUUCGUCGAAUUCAUCCACCGUCCUAAGAAUUCUGGGUGCUAAGCAGAAGCAAUGCCAAGCUGAUGUAAACAACAACAUGCUCACUGCUCGUCAAUUGUCGAACGUCAAACGCAAAGUCAUCAGCAUUCGUUCUUCGCUCGCGCUCUCCGAAGGCUUCGACGACACGAAAACGUGGGAGGAACACGACGUCCUGGAUGCAAGUGACGUCACUCAUGACGUCAUGCAUGCGCUGAACACGUCAACCCCGGACGAGAAGAGAAGAAGUGCGCAGGCGCACAACAAGGUGUCGGAGAAUACAUCUUCCACUCCCCCGACAUCUGCACCCGCCACGAAAUUGUUCCCUCAAUUAAAAGCUCAGAGUAAGGUCGAAGUUAUCUCGAGACAUCCUCAGGCACAGGAACUGAAGUCCGCACCACCCGCCACCGAUCAGGUAGUCGGGCUGGACGGGGUGGUUUCGGGUGGAGCGGGCAGUCCUUUGAACCCUGUAUCGAGUUCUGGAAUGAACGUAGCUUUUCCAGACAAAUUUCAAGAGUUGGAAAAAAUGAUCGAGAAACUUCGAGAAGAGCAUAAUAUGGCCCUUCAUAGAUUGAGGGAAGAGAGAGAACGGGGUCUUCAAGAAUUGCAAAAGGAACGAACGUUGUUUGAAAGCCACAAAAGAGAGGAACUCGACAGACUUGAAAAGCUUAAGACAGAAGAGGAAAAAAGAUCAAGACCGCAGAAGACAAACCAACCUGCGAUGUUCAAGGUGCCCCCAAAAAGGAAUGUAACAAAAUCUCGACCUGUGGCCGAUGAUAUUAUAUGCAAGAAGUCAUCAAAAAGGCUCUUAGAACCGAAGACUCCAAAUUUGAGAACAAAGACAAGAUCACGCCCUAACUGUGCCGGAAGAUGUCAUAAGUUCUGCCAAGAAAUGAAACGACCGCAGAAGACAAACCAACCUGCGAUGUUCAAGGUGCCCCCAAAAAGGAAUGUAACAAAAUCUCGACCUGUGGCCGAUGAUAUUAUAUGCAAGAAGUCAUCAAAAAGGCUCUUAGAACCGAAGACUCCAAAUUUGAGAACAAAGACAAGAUCACGCCCUAACUGUGCCGGAAGAUGUCAUAAGUUCUGCCAAGAAAUGAAACGGACAGAAUGUGCCAUCAACAUCACAUCCUUCUGCAAAACCAAGCAUACCUAUCAUGAGUGAUUACACCCAGUUAAAUACUGAAACUCUGAGGAAGUUUGUGUCAUCUGCAGUACAAGAUUCAGUAACUUUUGGAACUCGAAUUAAAUGGACUGAAAUAGGUUACAAGCCCCAGUGGUGGCCAGAGGAUGUUAUUUGGAGAAAUCCAAGUAACAAGUCUGCAGCAGGACCAAAAAUGAAAUCUGCAGAGCUGGCAUUGGUUUUGUCUGCAUACCGAGAUUGGUAUGAAUCCAAUGUGCAACCAGGUGCAGGACCAUCACAUACUGUAUACCGCCUCAGGGUAAUUCAGUCGAAAAUUCUUUCUUUGCUGCAGCGGCUGAUAGUAACUUGUUACCAGAGGAGGUAGAGUUAAUGGAGAAUAUUUUGAAAGAAAAUGAAGAAAACAGUACGAUGAGCUUUUCUGAUGAAGAAUACUGCAGCAAUGUCUUGUCUGUUUGUCAAAAGUUAUCCUGGAGGGCUCUUGAGAUAUGUGCCCCCGUUAUAAUUGGAAAGAUGUGCGGUG